CCGAAGCCUGCCCACAGAGCUGCUCGCGCCGAUCUCGCAUUGGUUCCUGCUGCGACCACGUGACCAGCCAUCAUCCUCCUCAAUGAGAAAGAAACAAAAACAACCGUCACUAACAGUAACUACGAACAUACACGUAACACGUAACAAUCGUUUCCUAUUUCUCGUCGCUUGAAUUUCGCGGGCUCCGUUCGCGCGGUUCUUAUACGCGGAAGGAAAAAAAAUAGUGAUCUAUUGACAGUGCAUUGUGAUGUUGAGUGCAACGGGAACUCGCUCGUCUAUUAUCAGUCGAUGAAAAUCAAGCAUUACAUCCGGAUGCCGACGGGUCACUUAGAGGAGGACGACUUCGUGGCCGUGAAGACGAGAUCCAACACUCCCGAAGGUGGUGCGGCCGGCGGAAGCGGGACCUUCUGGUUGUCCGCCGUGCCGGCCGCACCGCAACCUCUGGAAGGUUGCAACGAGACGGGAUUCAUCAACAGCCAACCGUCCAUGGCUGAGUUCAUGACGGCCUUGCCGCAUUUGUCCGGCGAACUGCCCCACGGGCCGCCGAUCAGUCCCCAACAAACCCCACCGGCCGGCGCUUAUCCCAUGGACGUGCCCCACGGUAUGGGAUCACCAGGAGUCAAUGUUCCCGAAUACCCAUGGAUGAAAGAGAAGAAAACUACCAGGAAAAACAAUCAGCAAGGGUCAAGAAAAAGUAACAAAAAACAUUCCUCAAUGCUUUUUGGUAACGAAGACAAUGACGAAAAUGGUCUUCCAAGGAGACUCAGGACAGCCUAUACGAAUACCCAAUUAUUAGAAUUAGAAAAAGAAUUUCAUUUUAACAAAUAUCUCUGUCGACCGAGGCGGAUUGAGAUCGCUGCAUCGUUAGAUCUAACCGAACGACAGGUGAAAGUAUGGUUUCAAAACAGAAGAAUGAAGCAUAAGAGACAAACGUUGGGUAAACAAGGCGAGGAUGGCGACGACAAGGAUUCGGUGACGAGCGACGGCGGUAAAAGUACGAAAAUCUCUGAUAAAUUCCUCGAAGACGAAAUGUCGAAGAAAAGUUGCCAAGGCUGCGAAAUGCCGACGGCCGGUUUGUGCAAUUCCCACGAAGAAAUAUCCGAUAUCGCUUCCAACAGAGGCAACAACAACAACACCCCUAGCGCCACCAACAACAAUACACAUUUCAAUAACAAUAGCAACGGUGCCAGUAGCAUCGGCAGUACAGGUAGUUUCGAUAAAUUAAUGAACGAAGAGGAUUCAAGGUCGAACGAAGGAAGCGGAUCGCAGACUUCGCCCAGGAUGAAGAAAUCCUCGGCGACGAACAACGUCGUCGUUAAAAUCGAAGCCAGACGAAAUUCGCCCAAUUCAUGUGAUAGAAAAUUAGGAAUUAGAAAAAUUUCGCCAAGUCCUAGUCAUAGUAAAGACGUCAGUGUCGGACUGAAUUCCCACGAAACCAUUUCCGCUAAGUCUUCGCCGAAGAGCUCUUCAGGAACACCAGUCAUACCCACUGGACCCUUAAGUUUAACCAACACAAUGGUGUACCAGCAAGCUCCGAGGUCGUCUCCAACAACAGCCACUGCUAUAGCUUCCGCUACAGUUACAAUUCAAAAUAUUCCAAACACCAUUCCACCGUUCGCUUCUAGGGGAUUGAAUUCCAAUCACUUUCCUAAUCAGUACAACAUGAAUGCCCAAUCUGAUUAUCAUCAUCGAGCUGAUAACAGAUCGAAGCACUAUCAGAUGUCGCAGAUUUAUUCAACGGAUAUGUACAAUCCGGAUCAUUCGACCAUCAACGAUACUCAUGCUUACCAACGUGCACAAAACCAUUCCAACAACAUGGGUCACGUCAAAUUUAAUAACAGAAGGCAAACUUAUGGGUACGCCAAUCAACAGCAAUAUUACUACAAUAACCAAAGCGCUGUGGAAAAGUAUACCAUGGGUCAGAAUAAUUACAACCAUCAAGGUUACGGUGAGCACUCCGGUUAUAAUCAUUACGGCUACGGUUACAACAACGAUGGUGGCGAUGUUAAUCACGUACAUAAUUCAGUACAAUUAAACCACGAGCACAGUGGAAAUUAUUAUCCUUCGGAAGGAGUACUACCUGUAAAUAAAGUCCAGAAUCCUACGGAUUAUCAAGGAAAAGUCGGUUAUUACGAGAAUAAUUAUCCUACGAAUCAUUUGCCUCAACAAGGAGGAACGACAGGAACCCAGGAGCCCACUUACAUGCCUAACGAAGUUUUCCCGGGAACCAACAAUAAUGCGGGAAUAAUGACGCCUCCGGCCAGCGUUCCGGCGGAAACGAACGAAAACUACGGGAAUUUUCAGCAGUUCUAUUCGGGCGAAACGCCGAAUCAGGUGCCCGUGCCGGGCGAAAGUAGCAACAGCUCUUCGGACUUCAAUUUUUUAAGUAAUUUAGCGAACGAUUAUACUCCGGAAUAUUAUCAAAUCUGAUUCAGUGCAAUUAAAAAAUGUAUGCAGUUAUUGCUGUUGAUGCGUUUCUUUGUUGUUGUUGAUUGUUUCUCAAGUAUUAUUAAAUUUUUCGUUUCGUUGUGGUUACUUAUGUUUUCUGGUAAAAAUAGGAUGCUUGUACAGACAAUUCUCUUCUUUGAACUAAAUUAAUUACUACAAUUAAUUACUUUUGAGGCCAUUCUUUGAUAUGUUCAAUGUUAUUUGCAUAUACAAGUGCAUUAUUUUGAUCAUUUUGCAGAUUGAAUAUGGCUUCUUUCAUUAUUUAUAAUUUUUGUACUAUGGACAUACAAUUAUAUUGUAAUGUAUUGCUUUUUAUUGUUACAUUUUCUGGUACUACAUUGAAUCUACCUGAGUAAUUAAUAUUAAGAUUACAAUAACUAAAAAAUUAUAUAUUCAGGAUUGUUAUAAAUUUU